CCGCGCAUGCGCUGACACCUUUCAGUUGAACACCCCCCUGGAAGCGUCACGGACCGGUGCAGCAGCAGCAGCAGCAGCAGCAGCGGCGUGUGUGUCUCAUCACGAAGAGAGAGACCGAGAGAAACAUCACCGCCUUUUCCACCGAGCAUCUUCCACCGACCGACACCGGACUCGAGUGGGAGCACACACACACACAGACUGUCCUCCUGCUGUCCACAGUUCCCCCUCUUCUUCCUCCUCCUCCACCUCCUCCUCCUCCUCCUCAAAAUGUCCGUUGGCAGUGACUUUGGGAACCCUUUAAGAAAAUUCAAACUCGUCUUUCUGGGGGAGCAAAGUGUUGGAAAGACGUCUCUGAUCACACGGUUCAUGUAUGACAGCUUUGACAACACGUAUCAGGCCACAAUUGGAAUUGACUUCCUGUCGAAAACCAUGUACUUGGAAGAUCGAACGCUUUCUCUCUCUGAACCCCAGGUGAGGUUGCAGCUCUGGGACACAGCGGGACAGGAGCGCUUCAGGAGCCUCAUUCCCAGUUAUAUACGGGACUCCACUGUGGCUGUGGUGGUCUACGACAUUACAAAUGUUAAUUCAUUCCAGCAGACGUCAAAAUGGAUUGAGGACGUGAGAACAGAGAGAGGAAGUGACGUCAUCAUCAUGCUCGUUGGCAAUAAAACAGACCUGGCAGAUAAGAGGCAAAUCACAAUUGAGGAAGGCGAACAGAGGGCUAAAGAGCUGAGCGUCAUGUUCAUAGAGACCAGCGCCAAGACGGGUUACAACGUCAAACAGCUGUUUCGGCGUGUGGCAGCUGCUCUUCCGGGAAUGGAAAGUAUUCAAGAACCAAGCAAACAAGGGAUGGUCAACAUCAACAUGCACAAACCGCAAGAGCCCCAGACUACUGAAGGCGGAUGUUCCUGUUAAUACUCAGCACCGUCCUGGAGAAGAAGAAAAAAACAAAAAAACAAAACAUCAUUUACACCACAUGCUUGUUAUGUUGCUUCCUAUUGGUUAACCUGCAGUUGACUUUUGCACGUUGAGAAUCUGGCCUCCUCACCUGACUACUGGUCAUCGGUUGGAACUAGCAAUAUGUGAAUUUGGUUCUAAAGUAGUGUAGCCUACUUUGUUAACGAAACUGCCAAAAUGUCUUACAACUUGCAAAAAAUAAAAGAUAGAGGGAAAAAAAAGAAGACAAAGAUGUGACAACAACAAAAAAAAGAUCCCCAAAGUUGCAUAUGUGGAUACAAUUUUUUAAGUAGAUAAGGAAGUUCCCCAAGUUUCUUUUUUGUAUAUUUUUGUAUAUUCAGGGAAAUCUCUCUGGAAAGGUUGUUUUUUUUUAAAAGAUGCAAACGACUCUUGCUCUGUAUUUGAGAGCUUGAUAAGAACAGAUGGUUUGAGUACGUAUUUUUAUGGAUCGCACUCUUGUUACAGGCAAAAAAAACCAACAACAACAUAAAGGCCCUCUGUCUAAAAAUGUACCUAAGUGUUAACCACAUUAAACUCUUACCUAACCUGUUACUUCACCUAAACAUUUUUAAUCUUAAGCGCAGCGCUCCUGCCUAUAACCCCUGUGGGAUCCAUAAUUUUACGUUCUAGAUGCUACAGUACGAACAGUUACAUCCUGAGUAUCUAAUGCAUGCCUAGUUUUUCAGCAUAGGUACUGUCUACCAGUGUACACAAGUUUGAGUAUGUAACAUUACACCAGUGACUUAAUGCACUCUGAUAAUGACUAGUCCAAGUCUCUUUGUUUCUGAAAACUGUUGAACUGGAUUUGUAUACUUGACUUGAGAAUAUCUUUUUGUCGUGCGUGUGUAAAAUGUGUGCUUUCUGUAUAGGCAACGUUAGGAUGCAGUUAUAUAGAGGGCCACUGCCAGGUCGUGUCAUUCUUGCCACAUUGCCACAGUAUGUCAUAGACUCCCCCGACUCACAGCAGUAUGACAUCUACUGUCGCCGCAUUGUGUGAUAUCUUGUAGUUAUGUGAUUAUGGUAGCCUGCACAUAUGCUGUAUAAGUGAGCAGUGGGGAAUCGAAGCCCUUGCCUUGCGUCACAGAGGGGACGUAAACACAAAAGUCCCUGCUCCCCCCUUCGUGUGGUGGUGAUCUGUAGGUUCUGUGAUGUAAACAGACCUUCAACAUUGUAAAUCAGUGCAUCGUUUCAUUCCUGACAAAAAAACUAAUUUGCACAUGUAGACCUUUCAGGUUAAUAUGAAGUUCUGAAAAGCUUCAUUGUAAAUGUACAGUCACUUAAUUCAAGACCCAUCUGAUUGUCAUAGAAACUGUUCACAUAGCGUGUCCCCCCACUGAGAUGAGGUUUUCUUUGCUGCUUGUGUUUAAACUGACUACUGACGUUAGCAUUAUGCAAUGCUGUUUUAAAAAAAAAAAAAAAGUUUUCUUUAGAGCCAGGUAUCAUGACGUACUGGUGGUGAAGUCAGCCAGUGUUGAGAACACUACUUUGAUUUGACUCGUCUUUGAAGUGAAAUCUUACUGCACUUUUUAAGAACAUGUUUUAGAAAUUAGAGUGACGAUGUAAGUCUUAGAAGAAAACAUGGUUUAAAAAAA